AGAAUCCAGACGCUUGAUGCGUGUUCGACACGUCACACCGUGGCCCACGCGUGCGUGCCGGAAGCUGGGUGACUCACAGGGCUUGUUCUUCGGUUUCUAAGCAGAGAUAGAGGAGGCAGAGACUGCGAUGAGGGUGUGCUGAAACCGAGACGCACAUAGACUGGCGGCUGGAAAUGUAUAGCCGGGCAGCCACAUAGCAUAUCUGGGCCGAAUUCUUGUGAAUAACCCUGGCGGUUUAUUUACCAUGGACACAGAGAUGAUACCAAAAUUCUCCUCUACAGACGAGGAAAUUAAUUACUGGAAAUCCCUUUCAUUGAAGUAUAAGCAAAGUUACCAAGAAGCUCACGAGGAACUGCUGGAAUUCCAGGAAGGAAGCAGGGAGUUGGAAGCAGAACUGGAAGCUCAGCUGGGACACGCGGAGCACAGGAUCAGAGACUUGCAGCUGGACAACCAAAGACUGAAAAACGAGGUUGAAACAUUAAAGGAAAAACUUGAACAACAAUAUGCACAGAGCUACAAGCAGGUAUCUAUGCUCGAAGAUCAAUUAGGUCAAACAAGAGCCAUCAAAGAUCAACUACAUAAAUAUGUAAGGGAGCUGGAGCAGGCAAAUGAUGACUUGGAAAGAGCAAAGAGGUCAACAAUUGUGUCAUUGGAAGAUUUUGAGCAGAGGCUGAAUCAGGCCAUUGAAAGAAAUGCAUUUUUGGAAAGCGAGCUUGAUGAAAAAGAGUCUCUGCUGGUGUCUGUACAGAGAUUAAAGGAUGAAGCCAGAGAUCUCAGGCAAGAGUUAGCAGUGCGAGAGAGACAGACGGACAUAACAAGAAUGUCUGCCCCCAGCUCUCCAACUCUGGACAUUGAUACGAUGGAUUCAUCUGUCCAAGCAUCCCUCUCCUUGCCAGCUACUCCUGUAGGGAAGAGUGCAGACAAUGGGUUCACCACAACAAAAGUAAUACCAAUCGGUUGUGGCAGUUCUCCAUUAACCCCAUCUGCAAGGAUCUCAGCUCUUAACAUAGUUGGGGAUCUCCUGAGGAAAGUAGGGGCAUUAGAAUCAAAGCUGUCGGCUUGCAGAAAUUUUGCCAAGGACCAGGCAUCCAGGAAAACGUAUGCAGGGAGCAGCCACCUGAUGAACAGCAACAGUACAAAGUUUUCACAUUCAUUGCAUACAACAUACUUCGAUAAAGUGCAGGAAAAGGUCAUAUUCCCUGCGUUUAUCUUGGCAGGGCAGUAAACGGGCUUGACCAAGGACCCCUAUCAGGAAUGGGUUCCCCAAGAUCCCUAUCAGGAAUGGGUUCACCAAGGUCAUCUCCCCCGCCUGGCAUGCUCCAGCUCAGUGUCUGAUGAGAGCCAUUACCUGAACACUUCCCGCUUUACUAACUGAACAAGAAGGAACAAUGUGUUAUUUAUUGAACUGCAAAAACAAAAAUUAAAGACUUGAAAAGUACCGUUCACCUGUUAGCUUGUUCCGUUUUAGAUCUGCUCGCAGAUUUUUUUGGAACCAAUUCCUUUUCAGCUGUAGCAUGGUUUACUUUUCACGAGAUCUUUUAUCUAGACAGUAUGCAACAUCCUUUCCUGGUUUCAUUAUUAAGCAUAGUGCAAUUGCAAUAUUCUGACGACACUCUUUAUUGACCUUUUGUUAAGAAACUUGGAUUUGUUUUUAUAAAUAAGUAUAUUCAGACGAGACCUGAUGUGAAGAUAAGGGGUUUAAUUUAAGCACUUGUUUUUAAAAUACAGUAUUUAUGUUAAUUAUUUUGUAUGCGUUUUUUGGUUCUAAACACUUUUUUUUUUUUUUUUUUUUAAAUAAGAACAGCUGCUUUUUGAUUAUAUAUCAUAUGAAUGAAAGAUUGGGAAGCCAGAAAAAAACGGUACACAGGUUCGAUCAAAUUCCUGAAAUUACUUACCAGUACGUUGGUUUUGCACCCGUCCAAGGCUUUUUAACUUUUUUCCUCUAAAGAUGCUAUAAUACACCACCUUUUGAAAGUGCACAAUGGAUCUAGACCCCUCGCCACCAACCUAGGGUUAAACAGUAUUAGAAAGUCCUGUAUGUACUAUAUAUCGUGACAAAUUUCCCACUCGUACAUUUUGUGUCUGAAAUUUUGUAUUUGUGAGAUUUUCUGUUUCAAUGUGCCUCUGUUUGGUGGAUUUGAAGCCCAUCAAACUCCUUUUUUUUUUGGUUUGUUUCUGUUAUGUCAUAGAUUGUUUGGCUUUCAAGAGUUAAGUUUGAAAGUUUUAAUUUUAAUGUUGGUAAAUUGGUUGGUUAUUAAAACAUGCUUCGGGAACAUUGGCAUAACAGUACAGUAUCUGUUUCUUCAAAAUUCUUUAAAAAGAUCAAUAUUUUUGUGCAUAUGUAUUUAUUUAAUUGGCUGUUAUGAAUACUCACUUCCUGCAUUGCCCGUUUACACUUGUUUUAUUGUAUAUAGGUUUGUAAACAGUAACUUUGCCCAAGAUGUUUGUAUAUAACUUAAGUGUUUGUAACUUUUAUUUAUUCAGUUUCUUCAUGGCAUGUAUUGAAAUGAGAAAGUGUAUCAUAAUACCGUUGUAAGAGAUUGUAUAUCAUGAUGUAGAACCGGCUGUCUUAAAUCUUAUAAAAAUAAAAAUCUUAAAAAAAAAAAAAAUAUGUAAAUGAAGCACGUUAGCAAUUGCUUUACAACAAAUAAUUUUUACACCCUGAAGUUGAUACUGCAAACAAUAUCUAACAUCCCACCACCCCCUCAGAGUAACUUAGCAUGUGCAAGGUAAGUUUUUUAAUGCUUUUAUUUUGGGGGGUUGGUGGGGAUGCAUAAACAAAACUCAUGACAAAGCUUUUGGUGGUUUAACCUCAAAUACUUUUAUUUAGACAUUUUGUUUUAUGCAAGAGCCAGUUAAAAAGAGCUCCGCUCAAUAAAGAAUAAGAAUGGGUUUAAGAUUUGUACCUUU